AUGUUCGUUUACGCCUGGACUAAAGAAUACACGUCUGUGAAGUUUUGUAAGGACGAACUAGCGCUUUCAAUUAAUACAGUCGUUGAUUACAACAAUUGUUUACGCGAAGUUUGUGCUUACAAUCUUCUGAAAAAUCCCAUUCAAAUUGGAGGACAGAACUGUACGGUCGAAAUAGAUGAAUCUCUCGUCUCAAAAAGGAAAUACAACGUAGGAAGGAUAAAGCGACAGCAAUGGGUGUUCGGAGGAAUCUGUCGCGAAACUAAAGAAUGCUUCCUUUACUCUGUGCCCGAUAGAUCAGCCAAAUCUUUAAUUCAAUGUAUUAAUCAUUCCAUAUUACCAGGUACCACAAUCGUGAGUGAUUGCUGGAGAUCUUAUAAUGGCAUUGAAUCUCACCCCAAUCAUUAUAGUCACUUAACUGUUAAUCAUCGUUAUAACUUUGUUGAUCCUGAGAGCGGUGCACAUACGAACAAUAUUGAGGGUCUUUGGAACGUUGCUAAGAGUAAAUUUAAAAAGAUGUGGGGAGUUCAUACUAAGAUGUUAGAUAGCUAUUUAUGUGAAUUCAUGUGGCGUAAAAGAAAUCAAAAUAAGGAUUUGUUCGAUGUUAUCUUUGAUGAUAUUAACCAUUUUAUGCUAAGAGAUAAUGAAUAA